UCGAUCCCCGCCUCUUCGUUCAAACGAAAUCCUCGGCUCCGCCCACCGCCGCCGUCGCCGCCGCCUCGUCGGGGGGAAGGGAACCGUCGGUCCGCCGCCGUCGGGCUCACGCCCGCCAAUCCCCCCCCCCCACCUCCAUUCCCCUUCCGUCCUCGAGACCUUCCCGACGGAUACGAGCGGCGGGGGGGCGCGAUGCCACCGAGGAGGAAGCGUGGGGUCGCCAAGCAGCGGCCGCCGGAGCCGCCCGCUGCCGACGCGCCGCUGCGGGAGCGGCUGAGGUGGCUCAACGACCAGGAACUUGAACAUCGGAGUGCUGCCAUUAAAGCUAUCCAAGCAGCUGAGAUUGAGAGCAUACUUUCUCGGUUGCAUUUGGUUCAAUCCUACAUUUCCAAGGAGCAACAAGAGGGAUGUGCCUUGCAAUAUUUUCAGGAGAACUUACCCAACUUAUCAGUUGUCCUGAAUGAAAAACAGAAUGAGCUUGAGUUGAAACGGGAAGAUUGGGACAGUCGAAUAAUUGGAGACCACUGUGAUGAGAAGAUUUUUCGAGCUUCAGUCUCUUCAUUACCAAAUGUUGGUGGUGUUCAAUUCUCAGGGGAUUCAGUGCAGAAAAGUUUUAUGGAGAACAUGGCUUUUAACUUUAAUGACUUUGCUUGGGAUCAGCUACCUGAGGAUCAACUGGCAGGAGUUGCAGAUGCUUUACGGACACCUGGGGCUGUGAGCACUCGACUCUCUUUUGGCAUGACACCAAAAACUUUAAGAUUACCCAAAAAGGGUGAGAUGCUCUUAUCUGUACGUGGUUCACCUCUUGGAGUGUACAAAGAAGAAAAUUUGGCAGCUGUUCGUGAAUCAACGAAUGGAAGUGAAGAUGCUGCCUAAUAAUGACAGUUGCCAUAUAUAACGUAGAUCUUAUCAACCCUUGACAUAAGCUUUAGGAUAUCGCUGUUUCUUCUUUCUUACCUUAGCUGGAAUACUCACCCGGAAUCAGGAUGCAAUCGCUAGUUGAGGUAACUUGCGUUAUCUAUCUGUUAUCCCUUGUGUAGUUGGUCCAAGCUUGUUGUAGAAUGCCAAUUUCAUUCAGGUGAAAUCAUGUAUUAAGUUGUGUGUCACCGUUGUUUACUUUGCUGCCAAGAAAGUGGACAUACCCUGUCAAGUCUCUGUGUCAUCUGUCCCGACUGUCCGUUACAUGAGAUGAGACGAUGUGAGCUGUUGUAAAAAAAGAAUUGGGAGUGUGAAUCAUUGGAUUUUCUAUUCAAAUUGCUUGCAAAAGAAUUAGUAAAUACGUAGUUGAGUAGGAAAAUGUAAAAUUUGUCCAAUACCGCCCGGUUUAUCUAUGUGUGUUAUUCAUACUGUUUUUUUUUCUUACAAAUUCCUUCAGCUGCUGUUAUAGAUAAUGUAGAUUCUUGUUUUUAGUUUUUACAAUUCCUU